AUGCUUGUUGCCCUCAUUAAGCCCCUCAGAGUCCAAUGCAAAAUUAUAUCCUCAUCUAAGUCGGGUGAAUUUGCAAAGCGAGCUCCUGGAGCCAAAGCAGAGGUAAUAGAGUCAGCUGAGAGAACGGCAAAAAGGAAUUCACAAAUCCAUGAAUCAAUGACUGAACCUGAUGUGGGUUCAACAGCCUCAACAGAUGUGGGACUCGAGCCAUGUGGCACAGGCCAAUGGAAAUACAGCCAAGAUCCAGUGACUACUCCCUGUGGCCACAGUUUCUGUAAGGUGUGUAUUAAUGGUCACUGGGAUCACGAGGAUGUGAAGGGCGUCUUCAGCUGCCCCCAGUGUAGAGAGACUUUCACUCCAAGGCCUGUUCUAUGCAGGAACAACAUGCUGACUGAAGUGGUGGAGAAACUGAAGAAGACUGAACUCCAAGCUGCUUCUCCUGCUCACUGUUACACUGGACCUGGAGAUGUGGAGUGUGAUUUCUGCACUGGGAGAAAACACAAAGCCGUCAAGUCCUGUCUGGUUUGUCAGGCCUCCUAUUGUGAAGAUCAUCUUAAACCUCACUAUCAGUCUCCUGCCUUUAAGAAGCACAAGUUAGUUGAAGCCUGUGCAGAGCUCCAAGAGAAGAUCUGCUCUGAACAUGACAAACUGAUGGAGAUCUACUGUCGUACUGACCAAAGCUUCAUCUGCUACUUGUGUAAGAUGGAAGAACACAAAGGUCAUGAGACUGUUCCAACUAAAACAGAAAGAACUGAAAAAUAG